CCGGCCCCCGCCCCGGACCCCAGCCCGGCACCUGGGCUCGGCGCCGGGAGCGCGCGCGGGCGGGCGGGCCGGGGGCGACAUGGGGAAAUUCCAGUCCAAGCACGCCGCUGCAGCCUUCAAGCGGAGAGAGAGCCCCGAAGGGGACAGCUUCGUGGUGUCUGCGUACCUGGGUGGCCGCAGAGGCACGGAGGAGGCGGAGCGGCGGGGCUGCGUGGAGCACGGCACAAGGGACAAGCAGGGGCUGCCUGGCGGGGACCCCAAGGAAGGACCUUUCCGGGACGACCCGUGUCCCCUAGAGGUGGCACUGCCGCCGGAGAAGGCCGAGGGCCGAGAGGGCCCAGGACAGCUCUUCGGCACAGACGAUGGAGAAAGAGCAGUGAACCGCGAGGGCCCCCGCGGGCCGGGCAAGCGGCGCCUGAACGUGGACGCGCUCCAGUGUGACGUCUCGGUGGAGGAGGACGACGGCCAGGAGUGGACGUUCACGCUCUACGGCUUCGACAACAGUGGCAAGGCCACCAGAGAGGACAUGUCCAGCCUGAUGCACACGAUCUACGAGGUCGUCGAUGCCUCGGUCAACCACUCCUCGGGCAGGAGCAAGACCCUCCGGGUAAAGCUGACCGUCAGCCCUGAGCCCUCCAGCAAGAGGAAGGACGGUCCCCCCGCCAGCCAGGACCGGGAGCCCACGCGAUGCAGGAUGGAGGGGGAGCUCCCCGAGGACCCCAGGGUGGCCGACAAGAGGCUGUCCACGCACAUCAGGAGGCCCACCGCCGACCCCCACCCCUGCCCCGAGCGGGGGCCCUACUGUGUGGACGAGAGCACGGAGCGGAGGAACCACUACCUGGACCUGGCGGGAAUCGAGAACUACGCCUCUAAGUUCGGACCAGGGUCCCCCCCGGCGCAGGCCAGGCAGGAGCCCCCAGCCCGGGCCGCGCACCCGCAGGGCCGGUCCCGCUCCCAGGAGUCGGACGCGCACGCCGCGCACCAUCGCCGCUGCCUGGGACCGGCCGAGCCCGCCCUGCUGGCCGCGGAGCCUGUGCCGCGGGCCCUGGACCUGCCGCCCCGGCCAAAGGGGCCGGAGAGGCCGUUCCUGAGGUCCCCGCAGGGCUCGGGGCGGCCGCCCGGGGCCCCCAGUGGGGGCAGGCCCGGGAGAGCGUUCAGCUUUCAUCCGCCGGCCCCCCAACCCCAGACCCCGCCCCAGGACGGUCACCAUGUCCCGCAGUCCCUGCCCCCGCCCUACGGCCACAGGCGCUGCCGGCAGAGGGGCCGGGAGGGCCACUCGCCGCUCAAGGCCGCACCAGGCCAGCCCGCGGCGCUGGAGCACGAGGCAGCGCGGGAGCUGCCGCCCGUGCUGCUGGGCGAGGCCUGCGCGGUGCCGGCGGUCCAGCGCCACGAGCACCACCACCACCACGAGCACCACCACCACCACCACCACCACCACCACCACCCGGCCUAGCGGCCCCGCCGGUGCUGGGGACCCACGCGGAGGAGCCUCCUCCCUCCUCGGCGAGGAGCGUCUCCCGCCAGCGGCGUCCCCGUCCCGAAGCUUUCUGUGUCAUCCAUAAACAAAUUUGUACACUCGGACGCCUGCCCCUGCUCCUGUCGCGAUGCCAAAGCAAGGCCCGCGGGGUCGAAGGGACCCUGCUCGGACGGCCUGGGCGUGUUUUCCUCUCGGAGCCCCGCUGGGGGCGCUUCUCCUGCGCGGCAGGGGGCGCGAGGCUUGUCACUGGCCCCGGGGGGCCGGGGGCUUGUGGUUCCCGUGGCUCAUCCACCCUGAACCAGGGAGGGGCGGCUCGGGGCAGUCGCUGCUCGGGGCCGCGUGUGCGAGGCCGGCUCGGAUCACGGGGAGAAGGGUGGCCCCGCGGGGGGCCAGGGACGCGGCCGGAGUCCAGAAAGGCGGAGGUGAAAGCCAAGAGGAGGGGCGGCCAGGCAGGGCCACAGGCGGUGCCGCCAGCAUCCUACGAGGACACAGACGUGGCCGGCGGGGCCAGGGAAGCGUGGGCGCCCCCGAGAACCGCACACGCGUGGACAGCUGGACAGGAGGCGGGCGGAAAACCUUGAGUGCGGGGCACAGCCUCAGCUUUGGAAAAGCGCGAUUCCCUUUGGGAGGCUGGGAAGAGGGCCGCAGGCGAGCAGGAAGCCUGGGUGUCCUGGAACCUCGGCCCGCGGACCCCCCCGAGGCAGGACGUGCCGCUGCUCCGUCUGAGGUGAGCAGCUUGUGAACUGGUGCAGCUGGUUUUGUAUUUGCCUCCUUGGCGCUGUUUUUAAGGAUACAGCAAAGUGGUGGUUGGUCUGUGAUCGAGUUAUUCCCCCGUCAUAAUAAAAAUACGUGCAUUUUGUAACAUGUCA